AUGCCCUCCCCUCUCCCCCUGCGGCCCUGGCUCCCGAGAGAGGCGUCCCCAUCCGCGGACUCGCGGCCCUGCAGCAGCCCCGCCGAGCUGCAGGGGAGGGCAGGGAAGCGCCUCCUGGGGGUCACUCCGCCCCGCGCCCCGCGCUUGCCGCGCCGGCUGGCCUGGUGCUGCAUUGACUGGGAGCAGGUGCGCUUGCUGCAGAGGCUGGGAGUCGGGGGGUUUGGCUCGGUGUACAAGGCCACCUACCACGGUGUCCCAGUGGCCAUAAAGCAAGUGAACAGAUGCAGCAAGAACCGACUAGCAUCCCAGCGGAGUUUCUGGGCUGAGCUCAACGUAGCCAGGCUGCGCCACGACAACAUCGUGCGGGUGGUGGCUGCCAGCACGCGCACGCCGGCCGGCUCUAAUAGCCUGGGCACCAUAAUCAUGGAGUUUGGUGGCCACGUCACUUUACACCAGGUCAUCUACGGUGCCCUAGGCUACCCUGAGGCUGGAGAGCCUCACCGCUGUGCUGGAGAACAGUUAAGUUUAGGGAAGUGCCUGAAGUAUUCCGUAGAUAUUGUCAAAGGCCUGCUGUUUCUUCAUUCCCAGAGCAUCGUGCACUUGGACCUGAAGCCCGCGAACAUUCUGAUCAGUGAACAGGAUGUCUGUAAAAUUAGCGACUUUGGUUGCUCAGAGAAGUUGGAAGACGGGCUGUGCAUUCAGACUCCUCUGUACCACCCAGGGGGAACGUACACCCACCGAGCCCCGGAGCUCCUGAAGGGCGAGGCCAUAACGCCCAAGGCCGACAUCUACUCUUUCGCCAUCACGCUCUGGCAGAUGACUACCAGGGAGGGGCCCUACUCCGGGGAGCGUCAGUACGUGCUGUACGCGGUGGUGGCCUACAACCUCCGCCCGUCUCUCUCGGCCGCCGUCUUCACCGACUCUCUGCCUGGGCAACGACUUGGGGACAUCGCUCAGCGCUGCUGGAGGCCCUGCGCUUCUCAGAGGCCAAGUGCAGACCUUCUCUUGGCGGAUCUUAACUCUUUAAAAGCUGAGUUUGACUGA